AUGAGCAUCUCGCUUAAGCAUAUACCCUGCCCGGCUGGGGCCAACUGCUCGGCCUACAAGUGCCUCUUUGGCGGCCAUCCAGGAGACAACGACGGCCCGGCGUCGUCAGCAGCAGGAGCCGUUUACAAAGAUGAAGUCGGCCUGUCUGGCAAUGAUUCAGAUACUACUGGCCCUUGGAAAGCCCGCAGGCUGGAUUCGCCUCGGCAGACCACUUCUAGGAACGCACUCAACCCGUCCACGAGCCGACCGGUACCACCAGGUGGCGAGCGCAAUCCAGCUUCGUCGCUUCUUCACUCGAUCCGGAGGCCAAUUUCGCCGCCGCCCAACAGGCGAGCCGUUGAUAUUAUACAAGCCACGAAUUCUUCGACCCCGGCCGAACCUGCGAAGCAAGAAUCACUCAACCCUCGGCUCCUCAAGGAGUCGCCCGCCACUCAUGAACUGCGGCUGAAGCUGUCCAAAAUGCUUCACACCGAAUACAAGCGACUUAAUGAUAAAGUUAGGCAGGACUCCGAUAUUGCACAUCAUCGGCUCAUCCUCUCUGAUCAGGCAAUGAUCAAACGUGUCCUUGACGAGGAAGAAGCUGUGGCCAUUGAGAAGAAAGCCGUGUACAGCAAUGUCAUGAAGAACACCGUCAUGAAGUACAAACGGUUUAGACUCGCCGAUUGGAUCAAGGAGCGUGAAAAGGAGAUGCCGGCGAGCAAGAAGCGCCAGCGUGACGUUAUGGAAGGUAAUGUCGUCAUCGUUCAGACUGGGCUGACGUCUGCUCAGGAAGUUCAGCUUCUUCAUCGCCUCCGCACGCCCAUUGACGACCUGGGCGAAUAUGGCUACACCCCAGAGACUCCCAGCGAUGAGGCAAUUGCCAAAAGCAAGGACGGUCUUGCCGCAGCCCAUGGUUGGGAGCAGUGUGACCGCUGCAACCAGCGCUUCGAGGUGUUUGCCGGCCGACGCGAAGGGGACGGCGCCCUCGCGUCGGGCGGCGCGUGCAACUUCCACUGGGGCAAGACUUACUUCCCUGAGAAGAGCAGCACAAGCGAACGCGGCAAGCAAGCGAAACACUACCUCUGCUGCAGCGAGCAGGUGGGCGACUCUGUCGGCUGCAUUUCGCAUCCAAAUCACGUCUUCAAAGUGUCCGACUCGAAGCGGCUGGCGGUUCUGCUCAACUUUAUGGCCACGCCGGAGAAUGCCGCGGUACCCGCGGACCGUGCCGUAUGCUUUGACUGCGAAAUGGGCUACACGGUCCACGGCAUGGAGCUCAUCCGACUCACGGCCACGUCCUGGCCGGACGGUGCUGAGAUCCUCGACGUCCUCGUGAGACCCUUUGGCGAGAUCCUCGAUCUCAACUCGCGCUUCUCGGGCGUCUGGCCCAACGAUAUUGCGCUCGCUGAGGCCUGGCACCCCGGCGACCCUCUCGUCCCGCCCCCCGAGGGCAGCGUCACGGGCUCGACGUACGUCUCCGGCAGCGAGGACGCCCAGGUCUCCCGGAGAAAACUCAAGAUCGUGCCGUCUCCCGCUGUGGCGCGGGAUCUGCUGUUUUCUCUCAUCGCGCCGUCGACCCCGCUCAUCGGCCACGGGCUGGAGAACGACCUCAACGCGGUGCGCGUCAUCCACCCGACGCUCAUCGACACGGUGCUCACGUUCCCGCACAAGAACGGCCUGCCGUACCGACAGGGCCUGAAGCAGCUCAUGAGCACGCACCUCAACCGCCAGAUCCAGGUCCAGCACGGCCCCAAGAUGGAAGGCCACGACUCCGCCGAGGACGCGCGCGCCGCCGGCGAGUUGGUGCGCUUCCGCGUCGCCAAGGAGUGGGCGGACAUGAAGCGCCGCGGCUGGAAGGUCGUCGAUGGCGAGCUCGUGGCGCCGCCGGCUGCGGCCGGUAGUGGUGAGGGCAGAUCUUCUAACAACAGCGAGGGUGGUGGCGGCGGUGGUGCCUUGACAGAGGCGUUCAUCGAAGGGGAUAAACAGAUGACUGCAGAUUGA